GAAUUUUACUAAACCGGGUUUGGUUGAUAAAAAAAAUAAUUUUUGCGCCAAGGGAGCCCAAUUCCGAAAUUUCGUUACUGGAUAAUUAUUAUUAGAAUCUCUCACCGAACAGAGGUGCAUAUUUCGAUACGCUAAUUCUUACUAACAUUCCUCAACGAACAUAGCUUAUCGUGAUAAUGGACCAAACAGCUGUGGUCAGUGAAAGUGAUUGCUGUGGUAAUGGUUGUGCAAAUUGUGUACUAGAUGUGGGAUUACCGAAGUCGACAGGAGAAAUUCUAACCGGCAAACAAAAUGUCAUUGCAACUUAUCAAAAAUUUCGUUUAUUUAGCAAAACUCGACAUAAUCCGAAGGGAACAGAUAUAGGUAAUAACUCAGAAGAUUUAUCGGAAGUAUUUGAGCUUUAUUUUGGUGUUACUGACCUGAUAACCAAUAGUAAUGAUUAUGUCUUGGCAAUACCCGCUGGUUAUCAUGUAAUGAUGCGCACUUAUAUGUCAACAGGCCAUGUUUGCCUGAGGCCAUAUUCACCGUUUUGGGUUGAUGGGCUAGCGAUGGAAUUUAAAAUUCUUGUAAAUCUUACACCAGGUGGUUAUAUGUCCCAAUACAUAAAAGACCUUCAGGUCGGUGACCACGUGGAAUUUCGAGGUCCUAUAGGUUCUUUGGAAUAUAUCAGCACUGAAAAAGAACGUUGUGUCUUCAUUAUAUCACAAGGUGUAGCUAUUGCAGCAACAAUUCGUAUAGUAAAAAAUAUCCUGAAUGAUGAAGAGGAUUUAAGUCGAGUAUACCAAGUAGCAUGCUAUAAAGAUAUAGAACAUACAUAUUUCCGAUAUCUGUUACGUGAUUUCAACAAGUACUGGAACUAUGAAAGUCAUAUAUACCUUGCACAUCAGAAAUGUUCAUCAGAUAUGUGUAAAACGGACGAAUGUACGGGAAAAUGUGAUUGGUUUUUGAAAAAGUUAUGGUACAAAGAAAAAGCAUGUUUGGAACGCUUUUCUGAGGCACAUUUAGUUGACAUAUGUGCAAAAGUCAACAGUUACUCAAAAUUUGUGUUCAUAAUUGCAGGCUCCAAAAAGUUUCAAGAUUUUAUUACAGAAAUAGUAAACAAAUUAAAUAAUGAAAUUAAGCAAUCAAAUAUUUUUUUAUUAUAAUAAUUAUAGGUGGAAU